GUCAGGUAACGAAGCAUGGCUCUUCUGCAUCCCCCUUUCCUCUGGGAGAGGUGGAACUCACUUUUUUUCAGGCUUUACGUAUGUGAGUUUGCUGGCACGGCCGAACUUCAUGGUGCGCUCGUAACCGUAACUUCGCAGCUGCCAUUUCUGGGUUCCCAUGGGCACGGUGACGAGCAAGAAUUAAGCGCGGCUGUUAGAUUUUAUGAGACGGGAUUUUAUCAGCGACCAGUUGGUGAACAAUGGGGAAUAUCCAUGAGCCAGUCGUCAAUCAGUCGCUCUAUACGAAGUAUCACAAACGCCAUAAUCGAAUUACUUCUAAGACCGUGGGUAAGGUUCACAAUAUCCGAGAUGGAGAGGCGAAUUGCACGCCAAGAAUUCCAAACACUGGAUCAGCCUUUUGAAGGUGCAAUUGGUGCAAUCGAUUGUUCCCAUAUUGCGAUCAUUGCUCCAAGAGAACAUGAAGAGGGCUAUGUUAAUCACCAUGGUUAUCACUCGAUAAAUGUGCAAAUGAUCUGUGAUCCGAACCUAAAGGUUCUAAAUGUUAAUGCCCGGUAUCCUGGAGCUCGUAAUGAUUCGUAUAUUUGGAGUGCGUCGCCAGUACGACGAAUAAUGCAGCAGUGGUACGAACGUGGUGAACGCGAGACAUUUCUUAUUGGUGAUCAGGGUUAUCCACUUGAGCCAUGGCUAAUGACUCCUUUACCAAAUGAACGACUGGGAACACCUAGAUUUUUAUACAACCAAGAUUUUUGUAGUGCAAGGAAUUGCGUGGAACGCCUCUUUGGAGUUGUAAAAUCCACCUGGAGAUGCCUAUCGAAGCACAGAGUUUUGCAGUAUGAACCUGGUAUGGCAGGAAAAAUAGUAAAUGCUUGUGCAGUUUUACACAAUAUGCGUAUUAGAAACGGAAUACAAAUGGAAAUGAUUGAUGAAAACGAAAUAGAGGGCGAUAAUCCAAUCGUACACGAUGCUGACGAUGAUGAUCUUCGUCCACUGGCUGCUGCACGCCGCGUUCAAGAUCGCUUGAUUAGACAGAGAUAUGGCAUUUGAUGUAAGAUGAUCUAUUUUAUAACGACGUGGCGGUACAACGUAGUUGUGCUGCUAUACAGAAAUCUAGUUUCAAAACUCUUGAAAUUGUACAUAUUCUCGCAAAUGAGAC